CAAAGCUAAUCAGCAUCAAAAAGCCAGCAAGAAGGUAGGAUCAUAGGUGCCCUGCGAGCGCCGGUAUCCUGGUCUUUGCUGCCACCAUGGAAGCGGCAGGAGCUAUCGCGGCGAACAUCGCCUUCACCACAUCUGGCUCGCUGGUCGACUGCGUAGACAAAAAAGUCAUGAUCGCCCUGCGUGACGGCCGGAAAUUUGUCGGUGUGCUACGGUCGUAUGAUCAAUUUGCAAAUCUUGUUCUUUCGGACACAUUCGAAAGAGUCUUCAUUGGGAAUCACUAUGGGGACAUUCCAAGGGGAAUUUUCCUAGUUCGAGGAGAGAACGUCGUUUUGAUGGGUGAAGUGGAUCUAGACAGGGAAGACGAAAUCCCACCAGAAAUCGCGGCGCCGCUACCGCAAGGCUCGAUUCAGCAGCUACUAGCAGCGCACGCAGCCGAGCAAGAAAAACGGGCAAAGGCAGAGGCCCGAAAAGCAGCGGUGCUGAGGCGAGAAAAAGGCUUUUGUGAGCAGGGAGGCGAAGGCGACGGGUAUUGAAACACGUGAGAUCCUGCCCUUGGCUUGGUAAGCCUCUUUCUCUCUCCACUUGCGUGGAGUAUCCAUGCCAGUCUCGUCUGAAGACGCCGACAUAGCGAGGUUUUUCAUCAGCUGGCUUGGAUACUCCGGAGAGGUAAUGCAAGCAACUGGAGCAUUGUCAUGCUCCCGCUUUGCAGAGGACUGCUCAUACCAGCACCUUCUGAGUGUAACGAAGCGCCAGAACAUGCGCACGUCCUCAUUUGCAAUCCGAAAGGACCAAGACCCGGGGUGCAGGUCAGUUCAUGGUGGCCUCGGAUCUGGGACGCUUCCUUGCGUCUAGAUGAUGCAUUUUCACCUCCACAAGGGCCGCAACGUGGUCAGGGACAGACGCAAGAGCAUGUGUAGCUGUUAUAUGUAGCAAUACGCUAGGAAAUAGUAAGACGAGCGU